AUGGGGGGGAAUGAUGUUGCACCAAAUCACUAUAAGUUUCCCAUUGUUGUGAAAGGUUUUGUGGUGAUUGGAUCAUCGUCCGAUGGAGAGAAGGUUCAUGGCAGGGUGUUAAAACUUGGGUUCGAGUCGGAUUUAUUCGUGAGGAAUGCGUUGAUUCCCAUAAUGCUACAAGAGGAAGAGAUUGAACCCAAUAGGGCUACUAUUGUGAGUGCUUUAAUUUCGUGUGCCAAUACAGGGGACCUCAAUAAAGGCCACUUAAUAUAUGCUUACAUGAAGGAUAAUGAAAUUGAAGCUGACGUGCUGCUUUCAACUGCGCUAUUGACAAUGUAUGCAAAAUGUGGCACUAUGAAUUUAGCCAAGAAAGUGUUUGAUCAGAUGCCUGAUAGAAGUGUUGUCUCGGGGAAUGCUAUGAUCGUGGGGUAUGGAUUACAUGGGCAUGGCGAGAAAGCCCUGGAAAUGUUCUUGAGAGAUGGAGAAGAGAGGUCCAAUGCCAAAUGA